CAUAUUGCAAAGAUCACUUUUUCAUAGAAAUGCUCAGUUCUCACAAAAGCAAAACAGUCAUCAUGCAUUUGUAACAAAAUUAGUUACUGCAUCCUCCAUUACUGCUAUGGGUGUUUGGGGUCUAUCGAAGAAAAAAGGUGAAGGCGAUGGUUUAACUGCAAAAGAAGUUUUAAUAGCAAAGGCAGAUGCAUUGUUCGAUCAGGGGAAUUAUAAAGAAAUAUAUAAUCUUUUGUCAAAUUAUAGGGAUAGUGGAGAUGUUGAAAUUUUAUGGCGUUUGUCUAGAGCGUUAUAUAAAAUGGCUAAAAUAGCUACUGAUGUAGAAGGAAAAAAAAUGAUUUAUGAAGCUUAUGAUCUACUAAACAUUGCUUUAAAAAUAAAAGAGGAUCAUUGGGCUGUACACAAAUGGAUGUCAAUUAUUCUUGACAGUAGAUGUUCUUAUGAGGGUAUGAAAGUACGCUUAAGAGAAUUAUAUAAUAUCAAGAAUCAUAUGCUGAGAGCUAUAGAACUUAAUCCAAGAGAUACAACGACUAUGUACAUGUUAGGAACAUGGUGCUAUCAAAUUUCUGAUUUAACAUGGUACCAAAGAAAAAUUGCAGCUAUAAUAUUUGAAACUCCACCGAUUUCAUCUUUCGAAGAAGCUCUACAAUAUUUUUUAAGAGCAGAGGAGGUUGAACCCAAUUUUUACAGUCACAAUUUACUAAUGUUAGGGAAAAGUUACUUAAAAUUGAAUCAAAAGGAUGAAGCAUUGAAAUAUUUGAAAAUGGCAGUUGAAUAUCCAGCCAAAAAUGAUGAUGAUCACACUGCUAAACAGGAGGCACAGAAACUGUUGAAAGACAUUUGACGAACACAGCAGCAAUUUUUGAAAUAACCACAACACAAUGGUG